UGGCCUCUGCUUGGGAGGCGGGGCACCAGAGCGGAUGUUGACACUGUCACUGUCACGUGACAGCUGAACCCGGAAGAGAGAAGGCCGGUGGAGAGAAAAGGCAAGCGUCCGCCAUGACAGCCAUCAAGCACGCCCUCCAGAGGGACAUCUUCACGCCCAACGACGAGCGCCUCCUCGGCAUCGUCAAUGUCUGCAAGGCGGGAAAGAAAAAGAAGAACUGCUUCCUGUGUGCGACGGUCACCACGGAGAGGCCGGUCCAGGUGAAAGUGGUCAAGGUGAAGAAAUCCGACAAAGGGGACUUCUACAAACGGCAGCAGACGUGGGAGCUCCGAGAUCUGAUGGAGGUAGACGCCAAAGAUGCCAGCAAGGAAAACCCCGAAUUCGACCUUCACUUUGAGAAGGUGUACCGCUGGGUGGCCAGCAGCGCGGCCGAGAAGAACUCCUUCAUCUCCUGCAUCUGGAAGCUGAACCAGCGGUACCUGAGGAAGAAGGUGGAGUUUGUGAAUGUCAGUUCUCAGCUGCUGGAAGAACUUCCUAAAGCGGAAGAGUCCGUGCCGAGCGGCGAGAGUCAGAGCGUUGCCGGGGGCGACGAGGACGCCCUGGACGACUACCAGGAGCUGAGCGCCCGCGAGGAGCAGGACAUCGAGGGCAUGAUGGAGAUGUGCGAGUACGCCGUCUCCAACGCGGAGGCCUUCGCCGAGCAGCUCUCCAGAGAGCUGCAGGUCCUCGAUGGGGCCAAUAUCCAGUCCAUCAUGGCGUCGGAGAAGCAGGUCAACAUCCUGAUGCAGCUGCUGGACGAGGCGCUGGGCGAGGUGGACACCAUCGAGGGAAAGCUCAGCAGCUACGAGGAGAUGCUGCAGAGCGUCAAGGAGCAGAUGGACCAGAUCUCCCAGAGCAACCGCCUCAUCCAGAUCAGCAACUCCAACAACGUCAAGCUGCUGGACGAGAUCCAGUUCCUAGUGAACUACAUGGACCUGUCCAAGGGGCACAUCCGAGCGCUGCAGGAGGGGGACCUGACCUCCCCCAAAGGCAUCGAGGCCUGCAUCAACGCUUCCGAGGCGCUCUCUCAGUGCAUGAACGUGGCCCUGCGGCCCGGCCACGACAAGCUGGCGGCCGUGACGCAGCAGCAGCUCCUGUUCGCGGAGCUGAGGGACACCUUCGCCCGGCGCCUCACCAACCACCUCAACAACGUGUUUGUGCACCAGGGCCACGACCAGAGCUCCACGCUGUCCCAGCACACGGAGAUGAGCCUGCCCAAACACAGCCCCCUCCACCGGGACCUGCUGCGCUACGCCAAGCUCAUGGAGUGGCUGAAGAACACCCACCGGGAGAAGUACGAGGGCCUGUCCAGGACCUACGUUGACUACAUGAGCAGAUUAUACGAACGCGAGGUCAAAGACUUCUUCGAGGUGGCCAAGAUAAAGAUGGCGGGCACGAGCAAGGAGGCCAAGGGCAAGUUCGCCACGCUUCCGCGGAAAGAGAGUGCACUCAAACAGGAAACGGAGAGCCUCCACGGCAGCUCCGGUAAGCUGACGGGCUCGACCUCGAGCCUGAACAAGCUGACCGUGCAGGGCGCCAACAGCCGGCGCUCCCAGUCCUCCUCGCUGCUCGACAUGGGCAACAUGUCCGCCUCGGACCUGGACGUCGCCGACAGGACCAAGUUUGACAAGAUCUUCGAGCAGGUCCUCAGUGAGCUGGAGCCGCUGUGUCUCGCCGAGCAGGACUUCAUCAGCAAGUUCUUCAAGCUGCAGCAGCACCCGGCGGUGGUGCCGCCGCUCGCUCAGCCUGAGCCGGAGGAUGUGGACGGAGGCACCGCGUCGAGGAUCCCUCCCCGGGCCGAACACAGGCAGUCUCUCUCCUCCGAGAAGGACGUCGUGCGGGUGAUGAUGAACAAGAUCUUUCAGAGCAUCGAGACGGAGCUCAACAGCCUCAUCGCUUUGGGCGACAAGAUCGACAGCUUCAACUCUCUGUACAUGCUGGUGAAGAUGAGUCACCACGUGUGGACGGCCGAGAACGUCGACCCGGCCUCUUACCUCAGCACCACCCUGGGCAACGUGCUGGUCACCGUCAAGAGGAACUUUGACAAAUGCAUCUCGGCUCAGAUCAGACAGAUGGAGGAAGUGAAGAUUUCUAAGAAAAGCAAAGUGGGAAUCCUCCUUUUCGUCACCGGGUUCGAGGAGUUUGCAGAGCUGGCCGAGACCAUCUUCCGUAACGCUGAGCGCCGAGGAGACCUGGACAAAGCUUACGUGAAACUCAUCAGGGCCGUCUUCAUGAAUGUGGAGAAGGUCGCCAACGAAAGCCAGAAAACGCCGCGGGACGUUGUGAUGAUGGAGAACUUCCACCACAUCUUCUCCACGCUGUCGCGCCUGAAGAUCUCCUGCCUGGACGCAGAGCGGCGAGAGGCCAAGCACAAAUACACCGACCACCUGCAGUCCUACGUGAUCAACUCCCUGGGCCAGCCGCUCGAAAAGCUCAAUCAUUUCUUCGAAGGAGUCGAGGCCCGCGUGGCUCAGGGCGUCCGCGAGGAGGAGGUGAGCUACCAGCUGGCCUUCAACAAGCAGGAGCUGCGUAAAGUCAUCAAGGAGUAUCCCGGCAAGGAGGUGAAAAAGGGACUCGACAACCUCUACAAGAAGGUUGACAAGCAUCUGUGCGAAGAAGAAAGUCUGCUGCAGGUGGUGUGGCACUCUAUGCAGGACGAGUUCAUCCGUCAGUACAAGCACUUUGAGGACCUGAUCGGCAGAUGCUACCCUGGGUCUGGAAUCACCAUGGAGUUCACCAUCAGGGACAUGUUGGAGUACUUCUCCAGCAUUGCUCAGUCCCACUGAUCUGCACUUUCUCCAGGAGGGAUUCCCUCCCGCCUCACGUCGAUCACCGAUGAUCUCUACUUACUCACUAACUAUCUUGUACUGUUGUUGUUUUUGUUGUUUUGUUUUUGGACAAUGAACAUUUCAUCUGUGUGUCAGUGUAUUCUAAUGAAAUUUAUAUGUACCUGCAGACUUCCACAUUGUGUGUACGUGAGAGUUGGUUUCUUUGCAAUUCAACAGACCCGCUCUAAAUAUAUUUUCGUUAUAUUAUUCUUUAUGCCAUAUGUACAUAAUAAACUUGCCGCCGCCAAUCUA